AUGAGUAAAGAAUUGCACGGGAUUCAGAGGAAAUUUGGUAUUGAUCUCCUUUUCAAUGUUGUUAAACAGUGCGCCGAGGUCGGCUGCUCUCAGCAGCUCGGUAGUGUGUGGUUUUUGCUGCAGGAGCACCUCCAACCCCACCACCUUGACAGGAAAGUGCGACCAAAUCCCGUCCAGGUAUCUAACAAUAGCCUCCUUCAAUGCCUCAGGCUUGUAUACGACGCUGUGGACCCGGGGAAUCCGAAAGACAACGAUGAGCUCCUUGGAAGAGUAGCUCUCUCGUUCCAAGACUCCAGCGCUUUCAAGGUUGCCAGCCUCAAGCACACUGCGAGGGCUUCUAUCCUCGAGGUGGAGAAGAACGAGCCUCUCAGCGUUGUGAGCUGUGAUUCUGGUCUUGCAAUCGGCGCUUGGGAACCAGCCAUACACUUGAGUCGCUCCGAUGCCCUCAACGCGUUGGCCUGGCCAGGAGUGCACCCUCAAAGUCUGGAGGCGCGAGAAAUUCUUGAGGAACGAGAUUGGGGACCUUAUGUCUGGAUGUCGAUGUACGUACCAAAUCAGGUCCAUUGCCUCUGUAGUGCGAGCGGCGAGGGCGGCAUCAAGCCUUUGGUAGUUGCUGGAGAUGCGAGGCUGCGAUGGGAGCUUUUGAAUCUCGGAGUCCUCGUGCGGGAGAAAGUACUUGAGAGCGUCGUUUUUGGACAGCUUGGCCCGAGGUGCGAGAACCCAUCCCUGGUAGGUCGGGGCAGCGCUGAGAUGGUGGUAGAGUCUCUUCUGAGCUCGGUAGCGCCAGGAACGGCACACCUGGCCGGCGAUAUGCAGGCUAUGGUCCGGCAAGAACUCCCAGAUGAGAUCGACGACGUGAGGAAAGCACUCAAGGUCAAUCUUCGACAUGAUGGAGGAAGGUCCUGA